CACACUUGCUUUUUCUUUUCUUUUCUUUGGGGUCGAGGUUCUAUUUCCGGCUGUUGUUGCGCUGUUGUUGAGCCUGAAUGUGCCCGGCUUCUAGAGUGAUAGCCGACGGCUUACAUGAGCUGAUAUGGGACCAUGUCUUUUAUUCUGCAAAUUCUGCAGUUUUUUUGCGUGGUUUUUUUUUCGUCUCCCUUGUUCAGUCAUCAAACAAGUGUCAAAAUGAUGAUGAUGACGACGACGACGGCUUCUUCCAGUCUUCCAGCCAUGGAACUCUUACCUUGCCGGGGGCUCAGGUGAGUCAAGAGACCAGCUCAGAGUCGGCCAGCCAUGCAUUAGGGCUCUAUUCGCGGCUGUCACCGACGCAUUCAUUGGGCCAUUCCGAGGGAAUAUUGGUUCUUCGCAUUCCUCAAAGUUCCACCGGCCGGCCACUCACGUAUCGCACUCGCAUGCACCCGGGCCCAGCAGGCACCCUUCGACGACGGUGUCGGAUCCCCGGGUCCAUGUCGACGUUCAAACGUCGGUCCACACCAGACGUCCACAUGUCACGCACUUCGUGUUCCCCUUAGCUCCUUUUCUUUCUUGUUCUCGGUCUUGAUAUUGCGGCCUGAACGUCCAAAUAGGGUAAUCUGGUUGUCCGCUGUGGUGUAGCACCGUCAGCGCCUCUUCUCGGCGCGUCCACGCCGUGCAAGCCGAAUCCCACAUGUCUUUGCCUUCAGGCACUGGAGUUGGAAAAGAAGAAAUCCAAUAGUUUGUGCCCUCGCCGACGUCGCCCCCCGAAAGCCAUCCGGAACACCAAGGGCCACCAAGGACCACACCUCAUUUCCUUUUGGUCAGUCAGUGCCGUACUGUGUAGGGUAACAAAUCCAAUACUGGCAGCUUGUGGCUGGCAAGGGGGCCCGUCCAGAUCGUCCACGUUCGCUAGCUUUGCUCACUUCUUACAAUCCGAGCGAGAGGCUGAGAAAGAGGGGCGUAGUCUCGGUCGAAGCUGGCCGCCAGUACUUAUUCGAGAUCCAACCCAACCUGUUCGGAACCACCAUCAAGCACCAACGACACUCGUUCCUGUCGCACCUUGUUACCCGGCAGGUCAGGGAGUUUGCCUUGCCUCACGGUAUCGGUCAUUGUUUGGGCCAGUCAGUCGCCCUCCAGACGUUCGCUCCUUGUUCGCUCCUUUCCCGCUCUCCCCAUCAUGAUCUUCCGUAGGGCUGCAGCAGUUCUCGGAGGCAUCUUGGCGCUAGGUCAAGGUGCCUGUGUGAAGGCUGCCCUCUCCACCUCCAAUACCAUCUUGGUCCUGGCCCGUGAUGCCGCUUCCGCCACCUCGGCUACCUCUGGCCUCCAGGGCUACGGCAUCCCAUACGAGGUCCUCCUUGUACCUCAGUCCGGUGCCACUCUGCCUCCGCUCAACUCCUCGGCAGAGUCCGGCAACUACGGUGGCUUCAUUGUGCUCAGCGAGCUGGCCUAUAACCUUCCCGGUGGCUGGGGCAGCGCCGUCACCCCCGCCCAAUGGCAGACCAUCUACAACUACCAGACCACCUUCGGAGCUCGCAUGGUGCGUCUCGAUGUGUUCCCCAGCACCGAUCUUGGUGUCACUCUUGCCGUCCCGAAUGCUGGGUGCUGCAACACGGGCGUCGAGCAGCUCGUCAGCAUCAGCUCGACCACUGAUUUCCCCACGGCCAACAUCAAGACCGGUGCUGGUGUGAGCACACAAGGUCUCUGGCACUACCCAGCCACCAUCAUCAACUCUACUCUUGCCAAGCAGGUGGCUACUUUUGCUCCUUCUUCGGAUGGCACCUUCACCACCACCACGACUGCUGCCAUCAUCAACGACUAUGGACGUCGGAAGCAGAUGGUCUGGUUCAUGUCGUGGGCUACCGACUGGGCCCAGGGUCCCAACUUCCUGCAGCACGCCUACAUCCACUGGUUGACCCGCGGUGUCUUCCUCGGAAAGCGCAAGAUCUAUCUAAGCACGCAGGUGGAUGACAUGCACUUGGCCACGGGCUUGUACCGCCCAGUCAACACCGAGUUCCGUGCUCGCGUGAGCGACAUGGUCCAGCAUGCUACCUGGCAAACCAACCUCAACUCCCGUCUUCCUGCCGGGUCCAACUACUUUGUCGAGAUUGCUCACAACGGCAACGGUGACAUCGAGAACGCCAUCACUCAGCCCGGCGGAACCACCACGUGCAAUCCCAACGAGCCCGUGUGGUACGAUACACCACCCGACACUCCUCUCGAGUUCCAGAAGCCCCUCGGCACCGGAACCAAUGUCUGGCCCAGCAGCUGGACGACCUAUCCGUGGUCCUUGACCUGUGCCAAGCUGGAUCCCCUCGCCACCUGGUUCAACACCAACCCCAACACCUUUGCCCACCUGUCCCACACCUUCACUCACCUGGAGCUCAACAACGCUACCUACUCCGACGCCGAUAAGGAGAUCAAGUUCAACAAGGCCUGGCUCCAGCAGCUCGGCCUCUGGACAGCCAGCAAGGUCUCCCAAGCCGGCCUUGUUCCUCCUGCCAUCACCGGCCUCCAUAACGGCGAUGUCAUCCGCGCCUGGUGGGACAACGGCAUCCGCUACGUCGUCGGCGACAACACCCGGCCCCCCCUCCGCCACCCGUCCAACUCGUUCUGGCCUCGCAUCUCCAACGUCGCCGACAACGGCUACGCCGGCCUGACCAUCAUCCCACGCUGGGCCACCACCAUCUAUUAUAAUUGCGAUACGGCCUUUUGCACCACGCAGGAGUGGAUCGACACCUCGGGCGGCAGCGGCACCUUUGCCAACCUCAUCAACGACGCCCGCGCCGUCAACACCCGCUACCUCCUCGGCCUCCACCACGACCCCUUCAUGUUCCACCAGGCCAACAUGCGCACCGGCGACGUGGACUCGUACACGGUCGGCCCCGUCACCGGCAACCUCUCUCUCCUGCAGAUCUGGGUCGAGGUGAUCGCGCAGGAGAUGACGCGGUUGACCAACUGGCCGAUCGUUACCAAGAAGCACGACGACAUUGGCAAGCUGUUUGUCGAUCGCCAGACUCUGGACAACUGCGCCCCCAAGCUGCGCUACAACUACGCCGCCAACGGCAACACCAUCACCUCUGUCACUGUCACGGCCAACGGGAACAGCUGCAGCGUCCCUGUGCCGGUGACCGUGAGGGGUGGUGCUACCGGGUCGGGGACGACGGUUGAUGCUGUGGGGAGCGAGCCGCCUAUCUACUGGACCACUCUGAGCGGGUCCGCGAGGACGCUGACGCUCAGCUCGCCAGCUGUUAUCUAGAGGUUUUGGGGAGCAUUUCGUAUUGUUUUUGAUAUCAUUCAUCGGAGGAUUAUAUAAUUUACCGUUGGGCUUUAAAAGGAGACUGGAUUAUUAUUUGUUGGGUUGAAUUAUCAUUAUCUAGUGAAUAAGAGACCUCUUUCAGGAUGGGAUUUGCUGUGACGUGGUGAGGUGUGAGAAGCCUGGGUGAGACAACAUUGUCCCUGGUAAGCUACUGCGAGUGAUAAGAGUCAGGCGUCCAGCAGGAGACAUCCAGAAUGUUUAUUGACUCGGUCUCUUUGUAUGGUGGCUUCAGGAUGUAAGGUAUCAUGGGGUGCUUUGCUGUUUUCUCAUGAGCAUUUCUCCUCAUGGAGAUGCGAUCCCCUUGAAUUUGUGGACAUACUACGAAUUUUUUGUUGUAAAAAGCGUCAAUCACAUACUCUUGGCAGUUUCUA